GCGGGGACUCUGCUCUGUCGCACUUGAUUCCUCUUGGCAGGAUCUUGACCCUCCUAUCCAGGGUCAGAACACAACUCCAGAUCCAGAUCCUAGGACUUCCCGUGGCAUUCUGGCAUCUAACAGCCAGACUUAAGGACGAAGUGUAUGUCCUUUACAAAGCCACUGUAAAAUCCCUUUUAAUGAAUGUCUGAUAAAGGUACUCUAAAGACCCCCCAGCCUGGAGAUGGCGGUGCGGGGGCACCAGGGGCUCCACCGGGCCUGCUGCCGCCUGUUCCCACAUCAUGCCUCUGAGUUUCCAGCUCUCUCUCGUUCUCUCCUCUCUCACCUCAAGUCCCAAGUCCUGGGGAAUCCUGGAGUGCCCGUGCUCUUCCCCUCCCCCAACCUCAAUCCACUCCCAUCUGGGGCCCCUGCAGAGGCUGGCGCCCUCCAUGCCUGGGGGCCAAGGACCCCACCCUCACCACGAUAGCCCCGGGGCAUCUGUGUCCAGGCUGCUGGUUGAGAAGAUGGGAGCAGGGUGACCCCAGUGUCCUGGCCUCGCCUGAGCCCUGCUGUUCUCCAUGACAGAUCACCUUCCAGGUGAAGGUCACAGCCACCAAGUGCGUCCAGGCGCAGUCAUUUGUCAUCCGGGCCCUGGGCUUCUCGGACACGGUGACCGUGCAGGUCCUACCCCAGUGUGAGUGUCAGUGCCGCGACAUGAGCCGGGACCGCAGCCUGUGCCGGGACAAGGGCUUCGUGGAGUGCGGCAUCUGCAGGUGUGACGCUGGCUACAUUGGGAAGAACUGUGAGUGCCAGACGCAGGGCCGGAGCAGCCAGGAGCUGGAAGGAAGCUGCCGCAAGGACAGCAACUCCCUCGUCUGCUCGGGGCUGGGGGACUGCGUGUGCGGGCAGUGCAUUUGCCACAAGAGCGACGUGCCCAACAAGGAGAUCUUCGGGCAGUUCUGCGA